AUGAAGUCGAUAGUGUUUGUAUUCUUAGCCAUCGGGCUUCUAGAUGCGGUAAGAUCAGAGGACGAUGGUAAAUAUCGACCGGAACUUUAUGGUGAUGUUAGUGGUAAAUAUAGUGCUUCUAAUGAUGGAAGGUACUAUAACUAUAAUAGUUACGUAGGAAGAAACUAUUAUCCCAAUAGCUACGCUUACCAACCUCAGUAUUAUAACUCUCUUAAGCCACAUCAAGAACUUCUUGCCCCAUUGGCAACCCAAAGGGCUAGCAGUUACGUUCCAUUCGUUGUAACUUCGACCGCAGCGCCUGCUGUGGUUUCAACCGCUAAAUAUGUUUACACCAAGAAUUAUAACAAUGAAGGCUAUGCGAGAAUUGUCGAACAAGAGAACGACAUCAACGAAAACAGCUAUCAGUACAAAUACCGGACUGAAAAUGGAAUAAGUGCUGCGGAAACCGGAGUUGUCGAUGCAACAAACUCUCAAGGAGGAACUAGGGUUCAAGGAUUCUAUGAAUACAUUGGUGACGAUGGUCUAACAUACCGAGUAGACUACGUAGCAGACGAAAACGGAUACCGCGCAAGCGGCGCCCACUUACCUAAAGCAUAG